UUUAUUAAUUAAUUAAUUAUUUUUGCACACAAUAACUUGCAAUUAUGAAAUUAAUUUUAUUUUUGUUCACUUUGAUUUGUAUCGCAUAUAUUGUUAAUGGCCAGGAUGAUAACGUCCAGUGCACUGUCGACAACUGUAAGGCACCGCACUGUUCAUGUUUUAGCUCAAGUGCACCGUACGGUCAUAAAACCGAUGACAUCCCACAGUUUAUUAUCAUGAGCUUCGAUGAGGCCGUACGAGAGGAGUCGGCCGACAUCUACGACCGUAUACUCAACUACACGAAUCCGAACGGCUGUCCCAUUGAGGCCACGUUUUUCGUAUCACACGUCGACACUAACUACAAGCGUGUGCACGAACUGUAUCGUAGAGGACAUGAAAUUUCUACCCAUUCUAUAACUAAGACAGUGUUGGGGGGUCAGGAGCACUGGAAAAAUCUGGAUGUCGAUGGCUGGAGGGCUGAGUUCGGUGGUAUGAAAAAGAUUCUGUCAAAGUAUGCCGACAUUCCCAUCUCAGCUAUAGUCGGCGCCCGCGCCCCGGAGCUACAAACAGCUGGAAAUGUGACAUUUACUGCGCUCAAACAGGAAGGUUUUCUAUACGAUAGCUCACAACCAUCGCGCGCUUAUUCAGCUCAUCCACUGUUUCCCUAUACUCUGGAUUUCGGCUUUCAGGCCGACUGCCAGAUCCAGCCGUGUCUGAAACCCGAUCAGAUCUAUCCGGGCUUCUGGAGCGCACCUAUGAAUGAUUGGGUCACUAAACUGCCGAUUGGCGACAAUAAAACUAUUGACGUACCCUGUGCUGAGGUGGGCUCAUGUAUAUUAUAUGAUGAAAACGGUACUUACAUCCAGAAUCCGACACCCGAAGAAUUUCUCGCCGUAUUUGAAGACAACUUCAAUCGCUUCUAUACUACAAACAGAGCUCCCUUUCCAUUAUUCUUGAGAGACGCGUGGCUGACCUAUGAUGAGAAGCGUAUCGACGCUCUCAUUGAGUUUAUCGAUAGAGUGACCAAAAAUAAAAACGUCUAUUUUGUAUCCAUCAGCGAAGUUAUCGAUUGGAUGGGACGGGGAGCUAAUAAUACUCUAUUGAAAAACUUUAAGCAAACCAAAUGCGAGAAGAAUCCGCCCAAAGACAAGUGUGGCGUUACCUCAACUGUAGGUAAGGGUAACUGUGAGUACAAACACAUCAAAGAGCUUAAAGGUAUCGACAAAUUGGUUGUCAUCUGCAAUGAUGUCGAGUGUCCGCUAAACUACCCGUGGAUUGAGUCGAAACGUAACGAAACUUUUGAUGAGGAUUUUGGUGAUGAAUAUAUCGAUUAACAUAUGUUUGAUAAUCAUAGAGAAUCUUAACUCUUUAUAUAUAUUGAUUAUACAGUACUGACUCAAUAUAUUAAUAUAU